CUCUAGCCAAUCAGAAGCAGCUGUGCCUGCCUCUCCCCUCCCCCUCCACCCAUCGGGCCUAGUACGCAACGGAAAAAGGUGGGAUGGGCGUGGUCACAUUCCUUCCGUCGGCAGCGACCAAUCAGCGGCCGCCGCUGGCAGUGACGCACGCGCGCGCCGGGCGCUCUCCCAUUCACAAGGCGGGCGGUUAGGAGGGGGAGCGGAAGCAGGGCCUCGUGCGCGCGGUGACGUCACUAGCCGGCGGAGGAUACCAGAGCGAGACCCGGGCACCGGCGGACACGUGACCUCACCCCGAUCACAGCCAGUCAGGGAGGCAGCCAGUCAGCCAUGGGCGACGGAGAGAAACUCAACAUCGACUCCAUCAUACAGAGACUGCUAGAGGGUAAUAAUAUAAUAAUAUAUAAUAUAUACUGUGUAAUAAUAUAUACAGAGAUAGAGGGUAAUAAUAUAAUAAUAUAUAAUAUAUACUGUGUAAUAAUAUCAUACAGAGACUGCUAGAGGGUAAUAAUAUAAUAAUAUAUAAUAUAUACUGUGUAAUAAUAUCAUACAGAGACUGCUAGAGGGUAAUAAUAUAAUAAUAUAUAAUAUAUACUGUGUAAUAAUAUCAUACAGAGACUGCUAGAGGGUAAUAAUAUAUAAUAUAUACUGUGUAAUAAUAUCAUACAGAGACUGCUAGAGGGUAAUAAUAAUAUAAUAUAUACUGUGUAAUAAUAUCAUACAGAGACUGCUAGAGGGUAAUAAUAAUAAUAAUAAUAAUAUAUAAUAUAUACCGUGUAAUAAUAUCAUACAGAGACUGCUAGAGGGUAAUAAUAAUAUAUACUGUGUAAUAAUAUCAUACAGAGACUGCUAGAGGGUAAUAAUAAUAUAUACUGUGUAAUAAUAUCAUACAGAGACUGCUAGAGGGUAAUAAUAAUAUAUACUGUGUAAUAAUAUCAUACAGAGACUGCUAGAGGGUAAUAAUAAUAUAUACUGUGUAAUAAUAUCAUACAGAGACUGCUAGAGGGUAAUAAUAUAAUAAUAUAUAAUAUAUACUGUGUAAUAAUAUCAUACAGAGACUGCUAGAGGGUAAUAAUAUAAUAAUAUAUACUGUGUAAUAAUAUCAUACAGAGACUGCUAGAGGGUAAUAAUAUAAUAAUAUAUAAUAUAUACUGUGUAAUAAUAUCAUACAGAGACUGCUAGAGGGUAAUAAUAUAAUAAUAUAUAAUAUAUACUGUGUAAUAAUAUCAUACAGAGACUGCUAGAGGGUAAUAAUAUAUAAUAUAUACUGUGUAAUAAUAUCAUACAGAGACUGCUAGAGGGUAAUAAUAAUAUAAUAUAUACUGUGUAAUAAUAUCAUACAGAGACUGCUAGAGGGUAAUAAUAAUAAUAAUAAUAAUAAUAAUAUAUAAUAUAUACCGUGUAAUAAUAUCAUACAGAGACUGCUAGAGGGUAAUAAUAAUAUAUACUGUGUAAUAAUAUCAUACAGAGACUGCUAGAGGGUAAUAAUGCUAUAUACUGUGUAAUAUCAUACAGAGACUGCUAGAAGGGUAAUAAUAUAUAUACUGUGUAAUAAUAUCAUACAGAGACUGCUAGAGGGUAAUAAUAUAAUAAUAUAUAAUAUAUACUGUGUAAUAAUAUCAUACAGAGACUGCUAGAGGGUAAUAAUAUAAUAAUAUAUAAGAUAUACUGUGUAAUAAUAUCAUACAGAGACUGCUAGAGGGUAAUAAUAUAUAAUAUAUACUGUGUAAUAAUAUCAUACAGAGACUGCUAGAGGGUAAUAAUAAUAUAAUAUAUACUGUGUAAUAAUAUCAUACAGAGACUGCUAGAGGGUAAUAAUAAUAAUAAUAAUAAUAUAUAAUAUAUACCGUGUAAUAAUAUCAUACAGAGACUGCUAGAGGGUAAUAAUAAUAUAUACUGUGUAAUAAUAUCAUACAGAGACUGCUAGAGGGUAAUAAUAAUAUAUACUGUGUAAUAAUAUCAUACAGAGACUGCUAGAGGGUAAUAAUAAUAUAUACUGUAAUAAUAUCAUACAGAGACUGCUAGAGGGUAAUAAUAAUAUAUACUGUGUAAUAAUAUCAUACAGAGACUGCUAGAGGGUAAUAAUAUAAUAAUAUAUACUGUGUAAUAUAUCAUACAGAGACUGCUAGAGGGUAAUAAUAUAAUAAUAUAUACUGUGUAAUAUAUCAUACAGAGACUGCUAGAGGGUAAUAAUUGUGUAAUAUAUCAUACAGAUCUCUCUCUCCCAGUUGCUGUAUUAUGUUAUUAAAAUUAAUAACAUCAUACAGCGACUGCUUGAGGGUAAUAAAAUAUACUGUGUAAUAUAAAUAUACAGCGACUGCUUGAAGGUGAGACCCAUAUACAAAUAUAAUAAGAAUACAAAUAGACUGCUCGAGUGUAAUAAUAAGUGUGUGGGGUUUUUUGUUUUUUUUGUUUUUUUUUUUUAUAUCAUCAUACAGAGACUACUGGAGGGUGAGAGCCCAGGCAACCCGUAUGUUAUAAUAUACUGUAUAAUGUUAUACAGAGACUGCUAGAGAGUGAGAGCCCAAUGUAAUAUAUAAUGUAUUAUAACGUUUAUCAUAAAGGGGCUGCUCAAGGGAGUGUACUUUAUAGGGUAGGGCAUGGUGUGAUACAGAGGGAGCUUUAUGUACAGACUGGGGAUACAUAGUGUUAUAUAGAACAUGGUGUGAUACAGGGGGAGGCUUUAUAUAGAGACUGGGGAUACAUGGUGUGAUACAGGGGGAGGCUUUAUAUAGAGACUGGGGAUACAUGGUGUAAUACAGGGGAGGCUUUAUAUACAGACUGGAUACAUGGUGCUAUAUAGAACGUGGUGUAAUACAGGGAAGGCUUUAAAUACAUAUUGUGGAUAUGUUAUAUAGAACAUGGUGUGUGAUAUAGGAUACGACAUUGUAUAGGGAGUGAGGCUAUGUAGCAACAUAUAGAUCAUGGUGUUUAUAAAGGAGAUGGGCCUAAAUAGUAAAAUAUAGAUAAUGGUAUAUAGGAGGAUGCUUUGUAAAGAGAACAUUAUAUAUGAUAUAUAAUAAGGGGCAUUAUAUAGGGCAGGCAUAGGCAACCUUUGGCACUCCAGAUGUUUUUGGGCUACACAUCCCAUGAUGCUUUGCCAGCAUUAUGGGGGAUGUAGUCCACAACAUCUGAAGUGCCGCAGGUUGUCUAUCCCUGAUAUAGGGGCUGGACAGUACUGUGUAGAACAUGGUAUCAUAGGGCAUUCUAUAUAUAGUGAUUUGUAGCACCAGUCCCUAUAUAACAUAGUAUUACAUGGGAGAAGGUUUAUAUAUGAACUGGAUAUACAAAAUGCUAUAUAUUGUGUAGCUCUGUAUAGAAUAGUAUAACAUGAGUAGGGACUUGGGCUACAUGGCACAAUAUGAAACAUGGAGGGCCUUUUAAAUAGGAGAUGAGGCUACAAAGCGCUAUGUAGAAAAUGAUAUACUCCAAUAGGAGGGGGUUUUAUAUAGCGCGGUUUAGAAAAUGAUAUACUCCAAUAGGAGGGGGUUUUAAAUAGCGCUAUGUAGAAAAUGAUAUACUCCAAUAGGAGGGGGUUUAUAUAGCGCUAUGUAGAAAAUGAUAUACUCCAAUAGGAGGGGGUUUAUAUAGCGCUAUGUAGAAAAUGAUAUACUCCAAUAGGAGGGGGUUUUAUAUAGCGCGGUUUAGAAAAUGAUAUACUCCAAUAGGAGGGGGUUUAUAUAGCGCCAUGUAGAAAAUGAUAUACUCCAAUAGGAGGGGGGUUCUAACUGAAUAAUUAGAAUGUGGAAUCGUGCAGUGCAUUUGUAUCUGUAUGGGGUUUUUUUUGUUUUUUUUUUCACUUAUAACUUUCCUCAAUGUGAAUGUAAUAUGAAGGGGUAAUUAAAUUAAAAUAAUUGGGUGCAGGUUUUUUAUAUGAAUUGACUCAGUGGAUCAAUUGAACAGUUUAUUGUAUCUGCCCUUAUGUUAAACUGUUCAAAUAAUGCAAGUUCUUCAUCACCUGUAUUGUGAAGGGGACUGCUUAGCAACAAAAACCUGAUCGCUAAAUAAAUCCCAGUUUUGGUUUUCCCCUUGUUUAAUUCUGAUCUUUGUAAAUGUGGAUUUACAAUAUACCGUGAUGUAUCGGCCUGUAGGGUUUACUAAAUCAUGUAUGUAUUUUUAUUGUGACCUUGAAUGUUUGUUUAAUAUAUAAACCGCUGAAUUGAAGGUGUUUUUAUUUUUUAUCCCACAAUUAUACACUGAAAUUGAAAGUUCAAUGAAUUUGUUGUGAAUAAACUUGACCAGUGUCUGAGUUCUUUUCGUGAGUAUGAUUUAACUUAUAUUUUUUAAAUGUACUUCAUAGCUCACUGUCUAUAGACUAGAUCAGGUUUUCUUUCCCUUUGAAAAUAUCAGAUUUUGAUAUAAGUAUUAUUUCAGUCGGCAGUCUGGAACUUGCAAAAGUAGCAAACAUGGGACUUCAGUGGUUUGGUUUAUAAUAACUAUAAUCAGAAGCUUUUAGAGGGAAUGAUUUUUUGCUAAUUAGCACCUUUACAGCCCUUGUGUGUUUAGUGCUCAUUGCUUUGGGACUCUUAAGUGUGUGGAGGCCUAAUGAUAAAGUAAAGAAUGGCUCUUACAUUUCUCAUUAUCUGUUAGAUGCCCCUAUCGUUGUAGUUUGAUCUAUUGCCACUCUGCAGGUUUGGGAGCAAAAUAAGGUUGGUCUUUUGUAUUCAGCCGCUGGUGUUUUAAAGAGAGGACGCUUUGCCCUUAUGAUUACUUGCAAUACAAGGGGGGGUGUUAACAAACCAUAUGGAAUGUAUUAAUGCACACUGUGAUUGGAGAAGGACAUUGUUAAAGUCUAAUGGAGAAGGGAAAGGAGUGCCACAGAAAAGGUGCAGUCCUGGAGAAGUCUUGGAGGCGAGCAUCAGAGGUGGGAGUACGGACAGAGGAUAGGCGUAGGUCUUCGGCAGGGGCCUCGACAGGACAUAUUUGUGUAUUAGAGAGGAUAGGUAGGUUGGAGCAGCAUUAUGUAGGGACUUGUAAGCAAGCACCAGAAUCUUAAAUUAAGCCCUAUGUCUAAGUGGAAACCAAUGUAGGGACUGACAUAGGGGGGAGGCAUUUAAGGUGCGGGAAGACAGGAACAUAAGCCUCGCCGCCGCAUUCAUUAUAGAUUGCAGCGGUGCAAUCUUGGAACACGUAAGACCACUGAAAAGGGGAUUGCAGUAGUCAAGGCGAGAAAGAACGGCAUGGACCAGCACCUUAGCUGCGCCUGUUGUUGAAUGCUUGAAGGAAAUGUACCGUAGGAAAGGGAGAGAUCGAAACUUUUUGUGAGGGAGACAGUGUGCAGAUGAGAUUCGAGGGAAUAGGAUCAAGGAAACAGGUGGUGGGGCAGGAGGACCGGAGCAGAGCAGAAACCUCUUCCAUUGUAGUAAGUGCGAAUGAGCAUAGAACAGCGGAGGGAGUGGGGUUGGGUGAUGUAUUGUAAGAGGAGGGAGAGAGGUUAGAAAUGGACAUGGAUGCUAUUCAGGUUGCAGUCUGUGCUGCUGCUUUUGACGGUAGAUUACGUGAGUGUGUGUGUAUGUAUAUGUAUGGUUAUUUGUAUAAUCCAUCUUCAUUCUGUGAAAAGCAAUAUAGCUACAAAGUCCUGCUUGAUUAUUUAAACUGUCAGUGGUGGAUUUAAAAAAAACUCUGUGCCCCCAUCUACGUGGGGAAGAGGAAUUAAAUACCAGUUCAUAUUCCAUUGAUGUAAACCCCUCGCCGUGUUUUUUUUUUUUUUUUUUUGGUCAUUGGAUACAGUUUGAACAUAGUGCUCUUUUUGACGUGACACUCGCAAUAAAUUGUAUAAUUAAGCUGUAACAGCCCACAUCAUACUCGUUGGCGUUUAGCGAGACAUCUUGCUUGACUCCUUGAUAUUGUAGAGGAAUAAUGAUUUCUUAUGAUGAAUGCCACUAAACAUACUAGGGAUUUUUCUCUGUGGAAAAUUUAGCUUAAUACUUGGUUUUACCUGCUGCUAAUUGGAGGGCACAAAUAUGAGGCCUUUGCUUCUAAAUCUGUUAUUGCCAAAGGCUAUGCUUUAGAAUGAGCGGUCUUCUAUUAAAUCUCACCUCUGCGUCCUAUUCUACAGAUUCUGUUAACGUACCAUGCAGCUCAAGCUGUGACAGAGCCAUGUGCUUGGUUUAAUAGAUGUACCUUAGUACAUGGAAUUCGUCUUAUUUCUCAACUUCCUAAAAUGUGAUUGGCUCCUAAACUCAAAAUGGUAAUUACCUGUUUAUUUCCGUUUGGUUUUUAAUAUUUUGCCGGUAACUUCCCACUAGAAUCCAAGGAGAUUAGUACAUCUUGAACCAGCUGGCUAUGUCUAUAGUUGCCAUCUCUGUCUCAUGUAUAUGCUUGUCGAAGAAGAUGGCUUGCCAUAAAUAUGGAUAAUGGCGGUAUAGCAGGCAGGUUAAUAUUGAAAGGGGUGCACUCCUCAAUGGUUUACCUGAAAGCAGAACUAUCUCUGCUCUGACACGUCUCUGCAUCAAUACACUGUUAAAGCAUUGUCUGGUGUUAGCCGUGUGUGUUAGAGUUCUUCAGCAUUUUCUUAUCUUGGUCAAUAUGCCUUCAGGCUUUUUUUUUUAUUUUAAUUUUUUUAUUCCAUAGUGCUGUGCAUGUCACCGUUAAUUAUACGUGGUGUGGUCUGGCUGUGACAGGACAGAUGGCUGUACACUGUAAAUUAAAAAUCAAAGCGGUUACAAACUAAAAAGCCGAUUAAAAUGUAUCUAACUUGUUUUGUUGAAAUGUGCAAUUAUCUCACGUGCCUGUUCUGCAGUGAAACCUUUCUUCAUAGUGUUAUGUCAGGGUAGCUUUCAUACACUGCUCAGAGGCAAUACAUUAACAAAAUCCCUUUCUAUAGAGGAUCUUAUAUUGUGUAAUGAAAGGGUUUAACUCUUGUACUGCCCAUGGCACUAAGAUGUGAAGUGUUAUGGUGGAGCUGGGAGUGUCCAUUGACGACUGUGUAACAAUUCUUACCUUGUCAGUGUUUGAAUGAGUUUGUGUUGGAAACACCUGAGCUUACUCCCAGGUCCAUCGAUACUCGUUAACUGCUAGCUAGAGCUUAUUAUCAGCAACCCUGCGAGUUAGGGCAGGCCUGAAAGGAGGUGUUGGAAGGGGAUGUGGUAAAGGUGGGGCUCGCUGGUUUUUCAAAGCAGUCUGUCAUAUAAAAUGGCCAUUUGUUCUCCGGUCUUUAAAUGUCUUUGUAGUGCAAUUUGCAAUGAAUCUCUUCUGGGCAGUCACCUGCUUUUGUUCCCUUUUGGAAAUAAAGAUUUGUUUUUAUAUAUUUUUAUCCUUACAGUAUAACUAAUCGAGCCGGGCCUGGCUGCUGUCUUGUCUUCAUUUGUGGAAACCUGUUGUAUUGAUUACAAUGGCGAUCAAUAGUGCAUUGCACAGAGAACCUAAUUAAAUUCCUUUGAUUAAUGUGUUUGUGCCAUGUACUCUGUGAAAAACUACUCUAUGUGAAGAUUGGAUUUACUGAUGUUAAAAUCUGCAGUGCUAGUAGUUGUUCAUAUGAACCCAGGUUUUGGCAAAUUUUAAAAUAAUUUUUUUAACAUAUUGAAGCAGUUUUGGUGUAUAGAUCAUACCCCUGCAGUCUCACUGCUCGAUUCUCUGCUGCCUAGGAGUUAAAACAAAUUUAUUUUCCUGUUUUAUGUAGCUCUCCUCACUGUAACUCACAGCCUCUAUGGGAAAAAGUUAUGUUUUUAGCCAGAUGUUAACUUGCUUUAGAAGUUUUAUCUCCUGCUCUGUAAAUUUACCUUUAAUCACAAACAGAAGGCUCCUGCAAAGUCUAGGAGACUAUUAACAGAGCAGGAGAUAAGAAAUCAUAAACUAAACAUGUGCAAUAAACAUUCUCUUUUUACAGGAAGUGUUUAGGAAUGCUAUGUGAGUCACAUUCAGGGGUUAACUCCUUAAAGGGACAUUCCAGGCACCCAGACCAUUUCUGCCCAUUGGAGUGGUCUGGGUGCCAACUCCCACUACUCUUAACAAUGCAACUGUAAUUAUUGCAGUUUUUUAUAAACUGCAAUAUUUACCUUGCAGGGUUAACUCCACCUCUAACAGCUGUCUACUAGACAGCUAUUAGAGGGCACUCCCUGAUUCAUAGCAAAGAUUUUCUUUGCUAGAGCGUCGCUGGACGUCGUCACGCUGUGUGAGGACCUCCAGUGUCGCUCAAUUCCCCAUAGGAAAGUAUUGAAAAUCUUUUUCAAUGCUUUCCUAUGGUGAGACCUAAUGCGCAUUAGGUUUCCUCAGCCGGCAAGCGGGAUCAGUCUCGCCCACCAGCUGACGUGAUUACUGGGUGGAGCGACGCUGAGGGACAUCAGCGGGGUCUCAGGUAAGUGACCUGAAGGGGUUUUCACCCCUUCAGCUACAUGGGAGGUGAGAGGGUACCUGCAGUGCCAGGAAAACAGAUUGUUUUCCUUUAAUGGCAGAAACUUGAGACUGCGGAGAGUGUGUGUGUGUGUGUGUGUGUAUUCUCUCAAACCUACUUCAUUAAACUAAAAUUGUUUUCGUGCCUAUAGUGCCGGGAAAAGAAAACUAGUAUUAAUAGGUCCCUCCCGCUGGGCUGAAGGGGGUUUAUCCCUUACCUUUCUCCAGCGCCAGGCUCCCUCAGCGCUGGGAACUGUCAUCCUCCUUCGGACAUCAGCUUAAUGCGCAUGCGCGGCUAGAGCCACGCACGCAUUCAGUUAGUCCAUAGGAAAGCAUUCUCAAUGCUUUCCUAUGGACGCUGGCAUCUUCUCACUGAAAAUCAGUCUGAAGUGCCUCUAGCGGCUGUCAAUGAUACAGCCACUAGAGGCUGGAUUAACCCAUAUGUAAACAUAGCAGUUUCUCUGAAACUAUGUUUACUGCAGGCAGGGUUAACCCUAGAUGGACCUGGCACCCAGACCAUUUCAUUGAGCUAAAGUGAUCUGGGUGCUUAUAGUGGUCCUGUAAGUCAUAACAUGCCUGGCAGGUGGUAAGGACAGAAGCUUAAUCGCUCAGCUUGUGUAGAGCUAAAAUUCAAAAGAGAAGGCCUAAAAACUUAAAGGGACGCUAUAGGUACCCAGACCACUUCACCUAAAUGAAAUAAUCAGGGUACACUGUCCCUCCUUAGCCAUGCAAUAUAAAACUGCAGUUUCAAAGAACUUUGCAUGAGGGCAUCAAGCAAAGUCCUAUAGGAGAGCCUUGAUUCAAUGCUUCCUGUGAGGAAGGUUUAAUGCAUGCAGUGCUCACCGCACAUGCACAUUUUGUCCCCUAUCAUCGGCAAAGUACCCAUCGCUGGGGGACCAACUGGGGUGUGUAGGGGUGGGCAGAGAGACUUUAGUAUUAAAGGGACACUAUAGGCACCCAGACCAUAUCAGCUCAUUGAAGUGGUCCGAGUGCACUGUUCCGGUCCCUUAACCCUGCAAUGGUAAUUAUUGCUGUUUUUGAGCAAUAAUUACAUUGCAGGGUUAACUCCACCUCUGGCUCUGGGUGGUUAGACAACCAAUGGUCACCUAACUGACUCUGGAAAUCAUCACGCUCUGCAUGAGGACAUCCAGUGUCACCCAACACUCCAUUGGAAAAUAUUACUGACCUCUGUAGGGGAAGACUCGUGGCAGAGCCUAAAUCAGGCCAAGGGACAUCGGUGCUGGAAUCAGGUAAGUAACAGAAGGGCACUGUUUUCCUGGCACUAUAGUUUCCCUUUAAGAAUACAUAUUUGGCUAAAGUGUUCCUUUAAGGCUGGCAAAGAAUCAUGGGAGUUAUGGUUUAGAACUGCUGGAUGAAGGGAUAAAUUGCCUAUUAUGACCCUUGGGUUUGAAAAGCAUGAAAGUGGAAAGAGAUUUCGGUUAGGAGAGGUUUGACACUACACGUAUGGCUUUUUAAGUAUCUGCACCAACACUUCUUUUUCAUCCACAGUCAAAGGAUGUCGCCCAGGGAAGAAUGUUCAACUGACGGAAAAUGAGAUCCGGGGAUUGUGCCUGAAAUCUCGUGAAAUCUUUCUGAGCCAACCUAUCCUGCUUGAGUUGGAGGCCCCACUCAAGAUCUGCGGUGAGUACAGACUCUUCUAGUUAGAUAUUCUGCAUUUCACUGGUAGGUUGGUCUCCUCUUGGCUAUUUACAGCCAGUGCAGAGAGAAGUUAUGAUUUGUGUGCAGCGUCCUCUACCCCUCAUUGUUUCCAGAUAGAGUAAAGUGUCUGUCGUGCUAUAGCUUUACUUCUUUUGUUUGUUUUCAGUCAACUUUUUAUCUGCUCAUCUUGCCUUGGCAUCUCUCUCAGUAGACCAGACUGAUCUUGAAAUUCUAGACAAGUGAUGCCUUGGCAGGAGUCAUUAAGCACAACUAGAACCUGUUUGCAGAGAUGGCUGAUGGAAUCUGUGUUCCAAAAAAAAUACACUUUACAAUGUUUGUUUUUUUUUUUUUUUUUUUAAAACAGCAAUGCAAUUCAUUAUUUUUUAUUUAUUUAUUUUUUUAUUUUUUUUUUUUACUGGGAACAGUCUUCACACUUCCUCUCCACCAGCUCUUCAAUGUUAGUGUUUUUGAUACACUUUCUUUUUUCUUCUCAAUGCUUUGUGUAGUUACACUUUUAUUAUUUUUUUGUCCUGUCCAUAUUUAAAUUAACAAUUUCAAUAGAAAUCAGCACUAUGAACACUGAUCCACCUGCGUUUUGAAAGACUUCUCACUGAAGUCUGUAUGGACUGCAAUGCCCACGGGGCUGAUUUGCAAGGUGUCUCCAUGAAAGGCCUUUGGUGUUUUGUCAGAGAAGAAUAGGAGUGCUUGCAGUAGCUGGCGAUUCUAGAGGCCUGGGGUUUUUUGGCGGGGUUGGGGUUUAAUGCUGUCAGAACAAAUGACAUGUCUUGUUUGUAGGGUAUAUCUACUAAAUAGUUUAAGCUUAUUCCGUGUUGCUUUUAGAAGUGAUUUCUAUGGAAAAUCUCAUGAGACGUGGGUGGCUGAUGUUACUGGAAGGUAUUUAUAACUGGGGUACCCAAAAGGUAGAUCCCCACAUAUUUUGACUUCACCGUGCUUUGCUAUUCUCAGUGUUGCCAACUGAAGCUCAUUGCUGUAGUAACUGAGCUUUUGUUGGACAACAGAAAUGCUUCUUAUAAAGUUAGUUCCUGUAUUGUGUGGUUUAUUUUAUUUUUCUGUGUAGCGUCUUUGUUUUUGGAGUUUAUUUUAAAAAAAAAAGUGCAUGUCAAGUGGUUACUAAUGAAGUUCUAAUUUUAAAGCGACACUGUGACCAUGCUGCUUUAAACCAGAAUGUGGUGGGUCCCUUUAGUCAUCAGGGUGUGGGUGUUUGUUUAGAAAAGAAUUGGACAACCUUGAACAUGCAUCAAGCUGUUCUCGAUCUGUGAUUCAUUGCCAACCCAAAGCUGGCAAAGCAUAUUGGGUAGCUCUAAAACAGCUGAGGUAUACAUUCUCACCACACGUGUUUGGGUGUCAUGGGUGGGGUGAAUCAGGGUCCAGUUUGAUUCACUAGGUGAAUAACUUCCGUUCUUCUCCCUUACCAGGUGAUGUACAUGGCCAGUACUAUGACCUCCUGAGACUGUUUGAAUAUGGCGGGUUUCCUCCAGAGAGUAACUAUCUGUUCCUUGGGGACUAUGUGGAUCGUGGGAAGCAGUCACUGGAGACCAUCUGCCUGCUUCUCGCUUACAAGAUCAAAUAUCCAGAGAACUUCUUCUUGCUGCGUGGGAACCACGAGUGCGCCAGCAUCAACCGCAUCUAUGGCUUCUAUGAUGAAUGUGAGGAUUUUAAAUAAAGGGGCUUGUUUAUUUCUAGGAAUCAAGCUGAUGAGGGCAGGGUGUUUCAGUCCCAUUGAUACUGACUGGAUUCUGGUUUUUAAAGCGUUAAAUAGCGUCACCGCAUGAUGUGGGCUGUCUGAUGUAUAGCUCCUGGCAGUUCAUGUCCGUUGCUCUGCUUUCUUGGUCAUGGCAGCCUGGGAAGUGUUGGCUCUGACAUCCUUCUCCAUUUUUAAAGGAUGACGUUGAUAUUUUGAUUCUGGUUAAACAGACUUUGGGCUGGGCACUGCAUAGGGCUCAUGCCUAGUGUCUCAAGUAAAACAAGGUUAUUAAAUUGCAGCCACAAGCUCUGGUCAUGCAAAACCUAUUCCAAGUGGAAGGACAAUGGCAUCUGAAACUGGAAUAGAUUCCAUUAAUCUUCGAGUACUAGUGUUCUAUAUGAAGUGGAAUCCUCUGACUUCCUCUGUAAAGUACACAGCAAUAGGUAAAUAGAUCACUGCAGGGUGGGCAUAUCGUCUUAGACGGAGAGCUGCUGGCAAUAAUUAGUUUGCAGCUUCCAAUGCAGAGAUUUAUAACAAGAUAAAAAUGAAGGAUUAAUUUGUUAAAACACCCAUUACAUUUUAUAUUGAGACCAUUAAAAACAAUUCUCUUGUGUAUUGCCCACAAUGCCCUCUUCAUUAUCCUUAUAAAGAGUCUGGCCUGCUCGGUUUGUGUGAUUACAGAUGGCAUCUGUAACGUCAUAACAAGACACAUGGUUGUGUUGACAUUACAUUUUAGACAUGGUCUUGCAACACUUUCCCUAAACAAAUGCUCCUAGACUCCUGUUUUAGCUUUCAGAUAUUGAAACCAUAUCUGCCCUUUUACGUUCUGUAACAUGGAGCGCCCUCUUCUUACAGGUAAGAGGCGGUAUAACAUCAAACUAUGGAAGACUUUCACAGACUGCUUUAAUUGUUUACCAGUGGCUGCAAUUGUGGAUGAGAAGAUCUUCUGCUGUCAUGGAGGUGAGGUUAGGUGUCCUUGGGUGUGGCUAAUUUUCAUGGGGAACUUAUUCUUGCUAUAAUCCACCUGCAAUAAAUCCCUUACGUGCCAAUUGCAAGAUGAAUAUCUAAUAUUCCCCAGACAUGUCAUCCUAUAAAUGUGUACCAGCAGUACUUAUUUUUUUUUUCUGACCGCAAAUUUAAUUAUUUUGUUAUUUUAAUCCAUUUAAUAGUGAAGACCAUACACUUGGACAGACUGACAAUCUUUAUCAAGUUAUUCACUAACGUGAGAAUUUCAUAUUUAAGGUAAAAAUAGCCUAAACUGAACAUUUCUUUAAUUCAGCGAUUAAUGGGUUUAAAUUUAACAUUCAUUGAAUUCUCACUUUAGUGACUAAAUUUGUCUUUCUCUUCUCUCUUUAUUAGUCUCUCGUAAAAAAUUAUUUGUGUUUUUUCAGGACUUUCCCCUGACUUGCAGUCUAUGGAGCAAGUGAGGAGGAUCUUGCGCCCCACAGAUGUACCAGACCAAGGACUUCUAUGUGAUCUGCUGUGGUCUGACCCAGAUAAAGAUGUCCUUGGUUGGGGUGAGAAUGACAGGGGAGUUUCAUUCACCUUUGGAGCAGAUGUUGUGGCCAAAUUUCUUCACAAGCAUGACCUGGAUCUAAUCUGCCGAGCCCACCAGGUGAUCCCCUUUCAUUGGGAUUUAUUUGUAUUUUAUUUUAUUUAUUUUAUCUCUUCCUGGUUUUUGUUCCUUCCUUAUUUAAAGUCCUUAUCUUAUUCCUUCACAGGUGGUAGAAGAUGGCUAUGAGUUCUUUGCUAAGAGACAGCUGGUGACCUUGUUCUCGGCUCCCAAUUACUGUGGAGAGUUUGACAAUGCUGGCUCCAUGAUGAGCGUGGAUGAAUCACUAAUGUGUUCUUUCCAGGUUCGUUUUGGUAAAAUGACGAUCUAGGUUCAGAAAUGGCACACAUAGCUGUUAAACUUGGUGGGGUAAUCUAGAUCAAAGACAUGCUCACAAUUAUUUUUUUGACCCAGAUUAUACGGUAUGAUUGCCAUCCUUUUAAACAUUUGUGACCUUUACACUAUACAAUAAAUAAAUCUCCCUUUUAUAUUAUGAAAUUUUAAUUGCAUUGUAACUGUUAUGUGUGAGAACCUGAAAUAAAUUAAUGGAUAUGACAGAAAAGACCCCAGUUAUAACCUUUACAUUUUAUUUAUAUUUUUAUUUUUUUCCUGUGGGUGAAGGCCAGUCUCCAUAUGCAGAUGUUUAGUCAAAUGUUGGGCCAAAGUAAGUGGACUGGUUGACUUUAAAAGGAAACCUGUUGGGGGGGAGGGGGGGGAGAGGGAGAGAGAAGCUUACUAUAGUGCCCCCCUACAUCGCAGAAACUAUUUUGGCCAAAAAUGAGACAUUUUGAGCUUGGGCAUAUUCCUGUUAUACCCUAAUUUAUAUAAAGGGUAAGUAAUUGGUUAUUUGGGUAACUUGCCAAAGGACUUGGUUUAGAACUUCAGGGAACUCCAUAUAAACAGUAUGGCUUCACAGAUACUCUUUAAAAUUUGACUUUUUAAAAAAAAUGUAUUUUCUUAUACAGAUCCUGAAACCUGCUGACAAGAAACUGUUUGCUUAUGGCGGAGUUAACCAGACCCGCCCCGUUACCCCACCCAGAAAUUCGGCCAAGAAUAAACAGAAGAAAUGACAUGUCGAGGCUCCUACCAGCUCUUCCCCGACUCCCCGCCACCUCACACACUGACCUCCGGCCUCGUUUCAUCUGAACUUUCUCCCUCUCUCCCUUGGUAGUGGGAGGUGGAGGCUGAGAGAUUCUACUUACCUCGCACUGACUUUUGGGAUGAGGGGGAGGAUGGAGGGCGCCUGCGAAAUGAGCUGAUUUUCUGCCUUAAUCCUUAGAAGCGGCCAGCGAGAAUCGCUGCAUCUACAACCUCGCAAGCUGCAGGCACGGAAGAAAAAUAACUAGUUUCUCAUGGCAAUGCCUUAAUGCAAGUGAAUACCGGUAAAUCAGAUGAAAUCUCAGGGUUACACCUUACAGGUCUUGCAAAUUUCUGGACAAUAGCAAAAAAAUCAAUCAAAUCCUCACUUUGUAGCCUAGUAGCUGCAAAUGGUUAACUUGUCUACCUGCAUUUCAGUAUGCCUGGGCUUUCUCUAGCUCUCUAACAAGGGGUCUUCAUUUUGUGACAGCUGGAAUAUAUAUUUUUAAUUUUUUUUUCUCCUCUGAACAUUGCCCAGUGAUCCAUUCCAGACAUACUAGUCUACACAUGUCUUAUGGCUAUAAUCCUCUUAUUUUUCUGUAUCUAAAUUGCCUGUUGGUUUGAGAGUGGUAGGGCUUGGCUACAUUACUGGUGGGUUCCAGGUAUCCUGCUCAGCCAAUCAUAAAUAGCUGAGAAUUAUAAUUUACAACACUUGAAGGUCUAAGGAAGGAGUCGGUUUAUUUUAUUUUUGGUUCCCUUUCCUUAAUGAGGGAGUUGCCAAAUUUGGGGGAUUAAGUAAUUGGAUCACAAUUUAUAAAAAAAAAAAUAUUCUCUCUCCCAUGACUGUCCUUUUCAAAUGUGGCAACCUGCAUGCUAUGUCUUUAUUUUUUUUUUUAUUUUAAAUCAAUUUUUUUUCUUACAUUUUGGCUGCAGUGUUUGUUGGGUUUAAUUCUAGAAUACUGUAUGUUGCCUGCCAUCUAGGUAUUAUGAGAUGGGACCAACGACCAAUCACCUCACCUUUGGAAUUGUGUAAUGAAAAGGGAAUCGGAAUUAAAGGAGCAUGUCUUCCGAAUACUUUAGAAGGCCAUGCACUGACAUGGGAUACUCUGCUGUCCUAAUACUUGUGGACCAUCUGUGUAACCUUGGAGAGGUAGCUAAAAGGUGCAUAACCACUAUGGUGCUUCUUGCGUUGCUGCUGUAAAUUCUCGUGGUGUUAUACGGUUUAUGCGGCAGUGUGAAAGAACCAAUCAGAGCUCUGAAGGGUUUUUUUUUUUUGUGUGUUCCGCUUCUCACUUUCUUGUCUCGCACUGCUUUAUGUGCAGAUCUCCCAUGUGCCGGAAUGUCACUUUAAAUUUCCAAAGCUUCCACCCAAUUUUAAUUAAUUUCCUGAACCACUACUCUGUUUGCCUCUUAUUUUAUUUUUUUUAAUUCGUAGGCCAUCCAUAUGUGGUAGUGAGUUACACAUGUACUUUUUUUGUGAAAAUUUUUGUUGACCUAUUAAAAAGGAUGUGAGCUUGAUAUCCAUUGUCUACUGUAAUAGGCCUACUGUGUAAAUCGACCAAUGAAAUGAUUUUUGUAGACGUUGACACUGAAUCCCUUGCUUGUUGAGGCACCAAUUGGACUCUGCGUGGCUGGAUAAGGAUGGGGUUCCCCAUGGAUGGGAUGAAGACUGUUUUACCUGCUGUAUGGUUCUGCAUACCUAUAAGAAGGGAAUGUGGUCAGCUGGGACUGAAAGGGGUUUGGGCCUCAGUGUGGGGGGGGAGGGGCGCAAUUAUUUUUGUGUUUAUCCUUCAAAGCUAUGAAUUGUGGCUUUUUAACUUUUUAUUCUGAAUUGAAAUGAAU